AUGUUACAAAGAUCAUCAAGUGGAUCAAUAAAACUCAAUCGACGACAUAUUGAAAAAAUGCCUAAAUAUCAAUCAGUAAACAAUGAUUUACUUUUAAGAGAUAAUAAUUUAAAUCAAAUAAAUUUUAUUGAAAAUUCCCUUACAAAUAAAUAUAAAUUUACAUCAAAUUAUUCAAAUAGAUAUAAUAUUAAUUAUAAAACAGGUAAAAAUGUAAAUAAUGAAAAUAAUGAAAAAGAAGAAUAUAAUAAAAUGAAAAAUUCAAUAAAAUGUAAUCGAGCAUCAUCAUCAUCAUUAUCAUCAUUAAAAAAAGAAUAUCGUCGAUCAUAUUUAUCUUCUUUAGUUGUUUUACCUAAUUUAUCAAAUAAAGAUAAUUUAUUUGAAUAUAAAAAAUCUCUUAAAUCUUAUUCAUCUCUUAAUAAUUUAUCAACAAUAAAAAAAUUAAAUAAAUCAAAUAUUAAAUGUGAAUAUAAUUCUUUUUUACCUUGUUCAUCAUCAUAUGAAAAAACAAAAUUAAAUAAAUCAAAUAAUUUUUAUUCAAAUUUAACAAGUCAUCAAUCAAUAGAUAUUAUUAAAGAUAAUUGUUCAAAUGAAUAUUUAUAUGAAACAAAUAAUUCUUCUACAAAAUUAAAAUCAAAAUCAAAUUAUCAAUCAUUAAAAACUACAAGAAUUAAAUUAAGUUUACCUAUAUUAUCAACUGGAUUAAAUUCAAAUUAUAAUCGUUAUUAUAAUAGAACAAGAGAAAUAAAUGAAAAUAGUCUUCAAGGAGAAUUUACAUUACCAACAAAUCCUCCAAUAACAGUUACAAUUCAACCACAAAAUAAUAUAAAUGAUGAUAAUAUUGAAAAACAAACAUUAUUACAUGAUGAUCAAAUAUAUUCACCUGAUAAUAUACAUUAUAUUAAUAAAAAACAACGUAUUAGUAUUGAUCAAUCAUUAAAAGGUACAUCAACAAUAGUUAAUUAUUUUAUGGAUUUAUUAAAACCAAGUGAUAAUAAAUUAGCUAUGAAAUUAUUUGGAAGUCGAAAAGGUGUACUCAAAGAACGUUUAAGACAACAAAGAUCUGGUCAUUGUAUUAUACAUCCAUGUUCAAAUUUUCGUUUUUAUUGGGAUUUAAUAAUGUUAAUAUUAUUAAUAACAAAUGUUAUUGUUUUACCAGUAGCUAUUGCUUUUUUUAGUGAAGAUAUUAAUUCAGCAAAAUGGAUUACAUUUAAUGUUGUUUCUGAUGCUUUUUUUCUUUUUGAUAUUGUUGUCAAUUUUCGAACAGGUGUAUUAAGAAAUGAUUAUAUUGAUGAAAUAAUCCUUGAACCACAUUUAAUAGCAAUGCAUUAUAUUAAAACUUGGUUUAUUAUUGAUUUACUUAGUUCAUUACCAAUUGAUUAUUUAUUUUUAUUUUUUGAUACUGGUGAUCAUUCAGGUGGUUAUUCAAUAGCUCGAACUGGUAGAGCUAUUAAAGUUCUUAGACUUGUUAAAUUACUUUCAUUAUUAAGAUUACUUAGAUUAUCACGUCUUGUUAGAUAUAUUCAUCAAUGGGAAGAGUUUUUAUCAAUAGCAAGUAUGGUUAUGCGUAUUCUUAAUUUAAUAGCAUUAAUUAUAUUAUUAGCACAUUGGAAUGGAUGUUUACAAUUUAUGAUUCCAAUGUUUCAAAAUUUUCCAUCUGAUUGUUGGGUUGCAUUAAAUGGUCUUCAAAAUGCUCCAUGGACAGAACAAUAUACAGUUGCAUUAUUUAAAGCUCUUCCCAUAUGUUAUGUAUUGGUUAUGGAAGAUAUCCACCUCAAUCUUAUGUUGAUAUGUGUUAUUGGAGCAAUGGGUUAUGCUGUUACUAUUGGACAUGUAUCAGCACUUGUUCAAAGUUUUGAUACAUCAAGACGUUUAUAUAAUGAAAGUAAUUUAACAANAUUGUUUUGA